AUGGAAGAAGACCAAUACUCAUAUGCCGAGCGACCCGCCAAGCGAGUCCGUCAGGCGUGUGAGCCUUGCAGGCGGAAGAAAGCUAAAUGCCCUGGAGAGCAACCUGUUUGCUCACUCUGUGCUAGGCUACGGCAGCAGUGUCAGUAUGCCGAAGAAAGGCGCCGUUUACCACCCCUCGAGGAACAGUCGAGGGUCAAUGACGCAGACAGUCGAACCCCUACUGUUUUGGAAGAUAGGAUGCGAACCCUUGAGGAUAAACUUGGCGAGGUUCUUUACGUGCUUGGCAGCUCAAGAGGCGAAUCACAGAUGUCGAGUGAGCGAGGCGUUCCAUCUGUGACACUUUCAAGACCAAGCCCAAGUUCUACUCUGCCAUCAUGGGAAGACAUAACGCCCAUCGCAGAACUUUACCUGCAGUAUUGUGAAUCCCAGCCUCUUCCUCUCUUUCACAGGGACAGCUUCCUUAGAAGUUUGCAAACACGGGAUUCUGAAGUUAUAUUUGCCAUAUUGGCAUUAGCAUCUCGAUUCUCAUACUCCCAUUCCAAUAGGAACGAGUCUACAAGUCUUGUAAAUGGUUACGCCGAGAUUGCUCGGGGCUUGACUAUGAAAAGAGUCUCAGAGGGACCCGUGGAACUUUCAACGCUACAGUGUCUUUGCCUAUUGAGUUUGGUUGACUUUACAAAUGGCCACACGCAUCGCUCCAGCAUCCACAGCAGUCUAGCAAUGAAUCUUGCACAAUGUGCCAAUCUUGGCCAAGAGCCACGCUCUACCAUGAAUACUAUAGCUCGUGAAGAACGAAGACGCUGUUUCUGGAGCAUAUGCCUCCUCAAACGACUGCACGGUGGAGAUUUCUCGAUACUAGAUAUUCCUGAAGUUGGAGGACCGCCUUUUCCUCAAAGUCCAGCCAGACCAGCACGACUUCUUUCACCCGAGCCAUCAACUGUGGAAAUGCGGCGCAGUAACAUGAAAGACGAUGGUAUCAUUGCAUACGUGGUAACGUUGAGUGAAGUAUUCGCAAGAACAGCACGAUACGUACGACUUCAUGGCCGGCCCAGCAAUGUUCCACCAUGGUCUCCCCAUUCUGAAUACUCAAAGAUUCUCGCCUUGCAGAUGGAUCUCGAAACACGAAUGCCCUACAUACAUCGGUUCAAGCCUGCGAAUCUUGGCGAAAGAACGCUAGAAGAGUUACAGACCCAUCGCGAAUACUGGGGUCCUUGGUUCUUGAACCAGUUCAUGUAUCACACCAGCUUGUGUCUUCUGAAUCACCCCCUCUUGCUCUCCCUGAGUCUUCGAAAUUUCCGGAAUACCAUUCCAGAGAUCUUUCUGCAGCAUACAUCGGAUUUGAUCUCAUCGCAUACAACCUGGAUCCUCCAUUUUAUCAAUUACUUCGAAGAGAAAUCAUUCCUGGUCUCGGAUCCUCUACUUGGAUACAGCGCUGCUGUUGUGGCCACUAUCGAACUCCAACUCAGUUUUACAGAUAACUUGAUGAUCAGAGAGCAAAAGCGUGAAAGGUUCACCAAAUGUGUCAAGUUUGUGCAACAAAUUGGACAGAAAUGGCCACAUAUGGCCCGACUGGCACGCAGACUUCAACAUCUAGAGGAUGCAGUCUCAGCAACCUACCAGUCAGACCCAGAAGCUCAAAAUCAAAGCCUCCUCAUCGACCUAUCCCGCUUCUGGGAAAUCCUAGAAUACUCCUCAAACAGCGACACAGACUCUGCCCGACGUCUAUUCGGAGAGUCCCUCCACGCGGGAUCCUCUUCUACCGGCGCAGAAGUAUCCCAAACGUCUCCUUUGCCAGCACCUUUCCGACUGAACCCCCAACAAGAAGGAGGCACUCCAACUCUUCAACCGCAGCCAUUCGCUGCCAAUGCCACCUUUCCAGCCCAGGAAUAUGGGGGGAUACCAUUGUGUCACCGCGGCAUCUAUCGCUGUCGAAUGACGAGUUCUCGAUCCUUGCUACGAACUUCUUCUCGCAGGGCCAAGAGUUCCUACGUAAUACACGAUUAUGAUGAAGCCAACGCACCCUUGAACUCCUCUACGAAUUUGAAUACCUCU